AGAGGAGACGUGUGUGGAUUCGGGACGUCCAUCGGGACAGGACUCGCGAUUCAAGGAUCCCCGGCUUAGCUGGAUUCUUCGUGGAUAGACUCGCGACCGAUUCCCCACUCCUUGCGAGGGAGCUCUCCGGGAAGGACAGUGACGCGAUCGCCGAUAGACCUCGCGGGGUUAUCUCCUUUGUUUUCCGUAUUUUUUUUUUUUUUUAAUCCUUCUCUCUCUCUGUGAACACCUUGUGCAGUUCGAUAUUGAAUAUUAAUUACGGAUUUCGCAAGAGGAUGGAUCGGAGCGCCCGACGACACGGACAGGACAUAGAGUUUUAGGAUUUGGACGCACUUAGGAUCUCUCUCUCAGCGAACACUCGCGGCUAAAAGCGAUUCUCGGAUGCGGAACGGAAGGACGCGGUGAGGACCUCCUUUGGAAUCUCGGAUCUGGACGGAAGGAGGCGACGAACUCGUCCUCGGAGGAGGAUUCGCAGGAUCGUUCGGCGUCGAUCGGGAUGGCAGGGAUUUCGGAGUCGCGUCUCUUGCGCGGGAGACGUGUCUUAGAGGAGCUCAGGAAUAUAUCAAUCCGGAGGACCAGGAUCUUCCCUGGGAUAGCGCCGUGUCUUAGAGGAGCAGGAGUCAAUCCGGGGAAUCGCUGGGAUAGGUUUCCUAGGUCGGAUCUACGCGGGAUCCUUCGAUUCAUCUCUGGAUAAGGAAAAAAGUCAUUUCGCCUCGGCGCGGUCGGAUCUUGGACCUCUCAAGGUAUUUUAGCGUAAGGUGCUCUGUAUUUUUUUUUUCUCCCCAUCAUUCCUCGGCGGAUCCUUGUCGCCUCCCGAUUUGCAUGCCUCGUUCUUUUUCUUCCUCUUUUCGUUCUUUCUCUUUCACUCCUCUCCUUUUUCCAGCGUCUCCGGAUGGUAGAGACGGAGCGUACCGAAACGUCGGGCUUGCAUGGUAAGGAUACUCUUCCCAUCGGUUUCCUUCGUUUCACGGUGUGGUGGUCUCACGGUUUCCGCCUCGUUGUCCAAGUGACUCUUCUCCCGGAAUUACGAGAGGGUCGCGGUUAAUAUCCCCGUGGAAGGUGUCGCAAGAUAAAGCGUUAAAGAGAUACCGUUCGCUUAAGCACUUUCUGCACUCGCUCCGCACCCUCUGCUUGACGAGAACCUCGACCUGCAUAUUUCAGCUCGUCAAUAAACGUCUCUUGAAAAGGAAAGCUCGUCUCUCUUCCUGCGUACCUUUCCUUCCCCGGCGAAUGCAUCUUUUCUUCCAGGAUAGGUGAGUUAAACUCGGUCCUCCCGAUGAUAAAUCUUGGCGAGAGUCCUUUCUUCGGAGGACCUCGGCGAUUUAACUUUCCUGCGAUAUCGCGUCGAGGUUCGGGAAGGGAAAAAAUAUCCACCCAGAAACCGCGGUUGGAAAUCCUGUUUGCGGUGGAUCCUCAGUGGAGGUCAUCCUUGCGAACGGUCUCGAGCCCAGGACUGUCGGUACGAGGAGGUCCGGAAGGGUUUGAGCGUCUCGGCCUAGAGGAACCUGGACCACAUCCUGGACAAACAUCCUCUAGAUUUGGUAUAUAAAUUGGCUCGCAGUGCUCGAGUGCAGGAAAGUGCAAGUCCUUUUGCCGCAACAUGUCUCGAGGAGUUACGGAUUUGCUGUACCUGUUCGACAGACCCUCGGAGCCGGUCUUCGUGCCCCGAGGAGAGAACAACGUCUCCUUCGACAUCCCCGGAUCCUACGUGGCGGACAGAUACCGCAGCAAUGCCGUGGAAAUUCUGAACCGCUUCGGCGAAGGAACCAUCGAGAAGAUCCCCGUAAAGGAGGUGUCCUUGCCCUCGUUCGACUUCGCCCAGCAGCUCGGUCGCAGGGAGAAUUUCUCUCUGUUCAUCCCGAAGCAUCGCAAGGUGGCCGGGAGACUGGUGGAGAUCCUGAUGGGUAUGCGCAACUACGAGGACUUCCUCUCGGCCUCGGUCUUCUGCCACGACCGGGUGAACCCCUACCUCUACAUCUACUGCCUCUCGGUGGCGAUCCUGCAUCGUCCCGACACCCAGAAUCUGCCUCUGCCUUCCCAUUGCGAGGUCUUCCCCGACAAGUACGUCGACAGCGGGAUCUUCGCCAAGGCCCGCGAAGAGGCCAACGUCGUCCCGGCUGGAUCCAGGAUCCCAAUAGAGAUCCCGAGGGACUACACGGCGUCCGACCUGGACGAAGAGCACAAGGUGGCCUACUUCAGGGAGGACCUGGGCGUCAAUCUGCACCACUGGCACUGGCACCUGGUGUAUCCGUUCACGGGACCUCGGCAGAUCGUGCAGAAGGAUCGGCGCGGCGAGCUCCUCUAUUACAUGCACCAGCAGAUCCAGGCCAGGUACAACUUCGAGAGGUUCUGCAACGGCCUCGGCAGGGUGAAGAGAUGGAACAACUGGCGGGACCCCAUCCCGGAGGCGUACUUCCCGAAGCUGGACAGCCUGGUAGCCAGCAGGUCCUGGCCGGCCAGGCCGGCUAACGCGGUCCUCAAGGACGUCAAUCGCCCCGCUGACCAGAUCCAGGUCGACAUCCAGGACAUGGAGAGGUGGAGGGACCGAAUCUACGAGGUCAUCCAGACGGGGGCGAUCUUGAACGACAAGGGCGAGAGGGUGCCCCUGACGGAGACGGGCGGCAUCGACCUCCUCGGUGACAUCAUGGAGGCUUCCAUCCUCUCGCCGAAUCCAAACCUCUACGGAGACCUGCACAAUUUCAUGCACGUAACCCUGUCCUACGUCCACGACCCGGACCACCGGUACCUGGAGUCCUUCUCUCCCAUCGGCGAUCCAUCCACGACCAUGAGGGAUCCGGUCUUCUAUCGGCUUCACCAGUACGUGGAGGACGUGUUCCAACAGCACAAGCGCACCCUGCAGCCGUACACGCAGCAGCAGCUAGGGUACCCUGACGUUCGCGUAACAGACGCCGAGAUCGUAACGCCGAAUGCGUCGAAGAACGUCCUGUCGACUUUCUGGCAGCAGAGCGACGUGGACAUGUCCCGAGGGCUGGACUUCGUUCCCAGGGGAUCCGUCCUGGCGAGGUACACCCACUUGCAGCACGUUCCGUACGUCUAUCGCAUCAAGGUCGUUAAUCAAAGCCGAACGCUAAAGCUGGGCACCUGCAGGAUCUACAUGAGCCCGAAGACCGACGAGCGGGGCCUGCCCAUGCCGUUCAGGGACCAGAAGAACUUCAUGAUCGAGCUGGACAAAUUCACCGUCUCCUUGAAACCGGGGGAGAACCAGGUCGAGCGUAAAUCCGACGAAUCCAGCGUAACCAUCCCCUUCGAGAGGACCUUCCGCAACCUGGACGCGGGCAGACCCACCGACGUCGCCCAGCUGGAGGAAUUUAAUUUCUGCGGGUGCGGAUGGCCCCAGCACAUGCUCAUCCCUAAGGGCACCAAAGAAGGCUUGCGGUCCGAACUGUUCGUCAUGAUCUCCAACUACGACAACGACAAGGUGGAGCAGAACGUGGAGGGUAGGUGCGUGAACGCGAUGAGCUACUGCGGGAUCAGGAACAAGAAGUACCCCGACGCCAGGCCGAUGGGCUUCCCGUUCGACCGCUGGCCUCGAGAGGGUGUCGAGACUCUGAACCAGUUCCUGACCCCGAACAUGAUCGUCAAGGAUGUCACCAUUCGCCACAGAGACGAAGUCCUGAAGCGACCCGUCGACAAUGCCGUGUAAAUUAAUCCUCUCGUUUCUCCGGAUAAUCCAUCCGGAUUGGUUUCAGCCCCAGCUUCUCCUCGCAAUUUUUCCUUAUCUCUUCUGCGCCUUUCCACGAGGGUUUCCUCGACUAUCUAAAGCCAAUAAACGAUAUACGCGCCGAGAUGUGUAUCAAGGAUCGAGUUCCGCCCGGCGACCCAUCCCAAGUCGGACCCAGGCGCCUCGCUUAACUUGGAGAACGCGUAGUGGUAUAAAAAAUGGUCUUAAAUUUGGAAAACGACCCAGAUCAUGGGGAAAC